AUGCCGCGUGCAGAAUUCAAUUAUAAAAAGGGCCGCUUCCAUCCUACUACUAUAUCUCUGUUUAGCAUUGCUUCUCUUCAAUCCUGUUAUACAGCCACAAUGCCUCAACCCGUCGAAGCGCCUCGUCAACGCUGGGAUCCAUCAACAAUCUGCGAAACCAUAGACCCUAGUCGGCACUGCACCUGCAUUGGAGUCGCCAAAAAUGGGGAUGCGUGUAGGAACAAGGUGUCCAAAGAAUCCCGUGAAAUGGCCUCUCACAGACUGGAAAUCCUAAGUAUGUGUCCUAUCAAUGAAUCUCUCGUUUCAAAGCUGCAGGAAAUUGCUGGUCUCCUCUGCAAGCGGCGACAUCAAGACCAGGCGACUUCCUUGAGCGAGCGGUGGUGUACGCGUCUUGGCCUCUCGCCAGAGCAAGCACCCAUACCAAGUCCAGCUCCCUCACACUCGUCACAACGCCGUCAUACCCGGAGCGACCGGGUCCCGACAACAAGGGCGGAGCGCCGCGUAUCUGGAAGCUCAACAAGCCUGCCCACUACCCACCAGCAAAGAGAGGAAGUCACUGUCGCCAUGGUUCAGGAGAACCAGAUACCAUUCCAUGUGUCAUCUACCCGGCCAGCGGUGGUGACCGUCUCGACGGCUUCUGGGCAAACCGGGUCCGUUAUGUUCCGCUCUUUUCGUAAGGGCCGUGACAUCUCAGAUGUGGAGUGUGGCAUCUGCCGCGAGCGUCACUCCGAAGACACGGUAUACCUUAACUGUGAAGAGUGCGCGGGAGAGUUCCACUGGCGGUGCAUGGAGGGCUGGCUCAUGCACCGCCCCCCUCGGUCCAACUUUAGCUGUCCUAAUUGUCGGCAAGACCGCCUUUUCGAUGGAUUUCACGCCGCACGCCCGAGGUCAUUCCUAGAUGCAGCCAGCGAGGCCUCGCAGUCUGCUACAUUGCCGGCCGCUCCUGAUCUGCCCCGGAGGGAUGAGUUAUCAGAGCAGGCCCCCGCUGAACCUGAAUUGUCGUCAGGAUCGUAUGGUCCGUCGCCCAUGGAAGGGGUUCGACGUUCUAUGCGGCCCACUCGGCGCCCGGAGUACUUUGUCCCAUCUUAG